GGCUGCGUUCCUGAGGAGUUGCUCUGGAUGCUUUCCUUGUUUCCAUGUCUGAGAUGUGACGCCGAUCCAGGUGCCUCACUGGAUCCAGAUGGUCUGGCUGAAGCUCAGAGUGGAGCUGCACCCACAGCUGAAGUCAAAAAACAUCCCAUUCCGGGGCCAACAGCCAGGCUGCACUGCAAGGUCGGAAACCCCGGGCCGCCCCACCGGCUGAAAAACGACGCCCCUGUGGUGCGGAGCGGGCCGCUAACCACCCCAAACCGUGCAGGGCCCAAAGCCCCGCUCCAGGACCGGGCAACAAAACCCCCGGCUUUUCCCUGCGUCCCCCCAAAACUCAUCAAGGUCCUCUGCCACCGGUUUUGUAUCAACUGGUUGAUGGAGAAGGAGAACCAUAAAUCAGGCUUUAACAGUGACUUAUACCCGUUGUUGUCUGCACCGGGCCUCACUACGGACCCUCGGUCUCGUGAAAAAGGUUUCUGCCAGCCAUACCGAGGCAUUGCCUGUGCUCGCUUCAUUGGCAACCAGAGCAUUUAUGUGGAGUCCCUGCAGAUGCAGGGGGAGAGUGAGAACCGCAUCACAGUCUCUGUUUCCUUCCUCCAGCGCCUGACUAUGAUUGGCACCUCCACCCACCUAUCGGACCAGUGCUCCAGGUUUGAUCCGUCCUUCUGCUACUACGUCUUCCCGCUGUGUGAUGAGGGGUCCCGGGCCCCGCAGCGCCAGCUCUGUCGAGAUGAGUGCGAGGCCCUGGAGAACGACCUGUGCCACACCGAGUACACCAUCCGGUCCAACCCCAUGAUCCUCAUGCGGGAACUCCCAGCUGCCACCUGCUUGCCGCGGUCGGGCACCGCCGACGCUGCUUCCUGUAUGAGGAUAGGAGUGCCAGCAGAAAAACUGGGUCCAUCCCCCUCGGACCCCCAGCUCUACAAGGGGGAAGGGGGAAAAGAUACAGGGGACAUGAGCAUCCUGCGGGGGCCAUCAUCCACCCGUGGAGCUCUACCCUACAGCCACACCUGUCCAGGGUACCCCGGCUUGGGAAUAGCAACUUGCCAAAAACCCGGGGGGCCAGAUGCAGGCGCCCUGGUGUUUCCCCCUGGCCCUGAACUCACUACUAUCUCUACUGUCUUACCCUCUCCAGAUCCUCCAGAGAACCCUAGGAAGGAGAUCCUGUUCAUUCUGAUCCCUGCGAUUGCCAUCCCGCUGGUCAUCGCGUGCCUCUUCUUUCUGGUUUGCAUGUGUCGCAAUAAGCAGAAGGACUCGUCGGACACGCCGCUCCGCUGCCAGCUCAGCAGCUCCCCCAGCCCGGACAUGGAGCUGUCUCUGCUCAGCCAGCAGAAACAGCAGGCCAAGCUGCGGGAGAUUAACAUGUCAGCAGUCCGCUUUAUGGAGGAGCUUGGCGAGGAUCGCUUUGGCAAGGUUUACAAGGGCCACAUGUACGGCACGGCCCCUGGCGAGCAGACCCAAGUGGUGGCCAUCAGAACGUUAAAGGACAAAGUAGAUGCCACUCUCUGUGACGAAUUCCGCCACGAGGCCAUGCUCCACUUUCACAUCCAACACCAAAAUGUGGUCUGUCUGCUGGGUGUGGUCACUAAAGAGCAGCCAAUGAGCAUGAUCUUCGCCUACUCCGGCCUGGGCGACCUGCACGAGUACCUGGUGAUGCGCUCCCCUAACUCCGACGUUGGCAGCUCAGAUGAUGGCAAGACAGUCAAAUCCACACUGGAGCAGGCGGAUUUCCUUCAUCUCAUCACCCAGAUUGCUGCCGGAAUGGAGUACCUUUCCAGCCAGCAAGUAGUCCAUAAAGACCUCGCUGCCCGAAACAUUCUGGUCUUUGACAAACUCAGCAUCAAGAUCCUGGAUCUGGGCCUGUUCCGAGACGUCUACUCUGCUGAUUACUACAACCUCAUGGGCACAAGCCCUUUCCCCAUUCGUUGGAUGUCCCCAGAAGCUAUUAUGUAUGGCAAGUUCUCCACCGACUCGGACAUCUGGUCUUACGGGGUCUUGCUGUGGGAGACUUUCAGCUACGGUCUGCAGCCGUACUGUGGCUACUCCAACCAGGACGUGAUCGAGAUGGUUCGCGGCCACCAGCUCCUGCCGUGUCCAGAUGACUGCCCAUCCUGGAUCUACACCCUCAUGCUGGAGUGUUGGAGCGAGUUCCAAGCAAGAAGGCCUCGCUUCAAGGACAUCCACACCCGCCUGCGCUCCUGGGAGAGCCUGUCCAACUAUACCAGCUCUGCUCAGACAUCCGGCACCAGCAACACCACCCAGACCAGCUCUCUGAGCACCAGUCCGGUUAGCAACAUCAGCAUGAGCACGGCCAAUACGUCGCGCUACACCAGCCCUAAAAAGAGCCUCCCAUUCCAUCAGCCCCAGUUCCUGCCCAUGAAGGGGCCAAUGCAUCGGCAGAUGGUUCCGCAGCAGCUCUACAUCCCCGUCAACGGGUACCACCCCAUGCCAGCGUACCAGUACCUGCAGAACUUUUACCCCAUGCAGAUCCCCAUGGCCAUGCCCCACCAGCAGAUGCACCACCCGCCACAGAUAGUUAGCAAAGCCGGUUCUCACCAUAGUGGCAGUGGAUCAACAUCCACAGGCUACGUCACCACGGCCCCCUCCAACACGUCUGUCACGGAGCGAGCAGCUUUACUAAACGAGGACUCCAAGACCAAUGAUGAGGACAUGGCUGACGGGGCGUCCCAGCAAGAGCUGGACCACAACAAGGACUUGAUAGUGCCUGAAACAGAGUUACUAGGUGACAAUGACCCCCCACAGACUGACGAACUGGGGAUGCACUUGUCAGACACAUAAGUGCAGCUGUUUGCAGUGGAGCAUAUUCAUAUUCUGUGAGCUGUGCUUGCCAAAAAUUCAAUAAGCAGCAUAAAAUGACGGAACAAUUUUGUGGAACGGUGACCGAAUGUUUUUUACGAGUUUCUUAGAUAGUAAUGACGCAGUUCGAAUGUCAAGUAUGUCUCAUGUUUGGACCUCUCAAACUCCUGUGUCAACCAUUAACAAAAAGACUCUGCAGUCCUCUACAGACCUUGUUUUCAUGUUGCCAUUCAGAGGAAUUUAUGCUCUUGCUGUUGCUGUGCAACACAAAACAUUUUCUUACCCACA